ACGCCUCAGCUCCGGAGCGUCACGCUCCUCUGCACGGGAGACGGUGGCGGCUGCUCGGCUCGGUUUUGGUUUUUUAGGUAUUUGUUUUUUAAGUGUCACCAGCUAAGGAACAUGUUUUAUUCACGUAGGAUGUAAAUCAGGGACUGAAAAUAUGGCUGAGAGCGUCGGAUAUAGUUUAGGAGCGCCUAAUUUGUUGACUAGAAAGUACCGGUUGUUCUAAUCUGGACGACGCGAACACGAAUAGAGGGUUAAUACUCCUGAAAUGGACCGAGGAGGCUGUCAGAUGAGCGGCGGCGGCGGAGGAGGCGGCGGUAACGACGCCAUCCACCAACACGGGAUGAUCACCCUGGAGGACCUGGAGUCCUUCUCCGAGGACCAGCUGUCAGAUUCGGGCAACGGCAGCUUGGAAGAGGAGGGAGAAACCAUGGAGGCAGAGGACGGUUCAGAACGACUGCUACGUUACUGGCAGGAAGUGGCGAGAGGCCACCAAGUCGAAGUUUCUCCAGAAAUGGCAGAACCAAUUCAGCAGCUAAGUAGCGACAACCAAGGACGUAGUCAAAGAGAGCACGUCCCAUUCACCCUCCUACUGCGAAAAGAGAAGUGUGGGGAGCAGCUCUAUGAGAAACGGCACUACGAAAAGGGCCACUGGGCUUGCAUAGCUAUGCAUGAGGACACAUACGAGCAGAGCAUCUGCUACGGUUUCAUGAGAAUAAUGAGAUACAUCUGUCAGCAGAACUCUUUAGGAGACUACCUUGGUAUGACGUUGCCCAUCGUGACAAUAGUGCGGACAGAUGAGAACCACUCAGUUAUCUCCCAGGAUGUCACUGUGGCGUACUACCUUCCUAUUGAGCAUCAGGCCCAGCCGCCACAACCGAACGAUAACGAGAUCGUCAUCGAAGUCUGGCCAGCCGCUACAGUAUACACAAGGGGGUUUACUGGUCCCACCAACGAAGUGACCAUCAUCAACCAGAUCAACACCAUGGCUGAGCUGCUGGACUCCCCUGGCGUGUGCGUCAACGACUCGUUCAUGGUGGCCGGCUACACCAACCCGGCUCACAGCAACCGUCAGAAUGAAAUCUGGUUCCUGGAGCGACGCUGACCGGACAGAACCAUCCUACCUGUGACCCUCGACCUCAUGAACUCUUGACACUGCCCCAGCUAGCUCAGCUACAGCCUCAGGUUCCAGACCGUUUUAAGUCACCAUCCUUCCCCUGAAACAACCACCAGCCUAGCAUACUUCAAAACCGGGAGGUUUUGAGUUAAAAACUACAAAAAAAGAAAAAAAUCUUUCCCUUUCCUUCGUUUUAGAUCGAUCUUUAUUUCUCCUGAUCUUAACCACUGCCAUACACCCAUUAACACAAACCAAUGCUAAACGAAGCAGUUUGUUCUCCUUCUAGCUGGAUGUGCCCUCUUUGGUAAAGUGUGAUAGUUUCAUCUGUUAGCGCUUUGUGACCCACUGAGGUUAGGUCAGUCAAUCCACAGGAAGCAGCUCCCAGUGGACGCACAGUUUGUUGUGUAGCCAUAACAACAUUCAGCCAUGUUGAGGACGCCGUUGUUCCUCUGGAAUAAAAUAAAACACAUCUCACAGGUGAACGGGAUGCUGACCACACUGCAUACUUUCCCUCAGCAGCAAGUGCAAUAUUCCUUAGAUGACUUAAAAGAAACAAGGUGGUUUCUGUAGGUUGGGGAGCGUGAAGCAAGUUCAAGGCCCUGAUCAGAUCAGAUCCAGGAGACUUUAUCCGGACCGAAGCUAGUGGCCUAAGCUGUAUUUAAGCUAAGCUCAGAAAGAAGGUGACAUGUUUGUAAAUGAAUGUAGAGCUCCAGUGCAUCACACUUCAACAAACCAAAUGCCAACAGAUCUAUCUGCUAAAUGACAAUCAAAACCAGCACCAGAUUCUGUACAGCGUGUUUCAGCUAGUGAUCCAAGAUUAAUGCAUUCCUCUGGCUCCAAGACUUGUUUACACACAAACUCAAGUAUUUCUAAGUACCUGUUGUCUAUUUCUGCUGGUCACUCUGUGUCGGUGUUAGAGUUCGCUAGUGCAUCGCAAACACUACUGCUGCUAAAUAGAUGAUUAAGCCACAGAAAUCCUGAGUAUAUUUGCUGUAAUUAGAAAAGCUGAUUUUAAUGUUUUUAAUCUGAUGUUUCUGAUGUUCUGUCUCCGAUAAAAGAAAGCGUUUCUGUUUCUGCAGGGUGUCGAAAUCAAACUGGAUGUAGACCUGAUAAAUGAUCACUGUGUGACGGUUUUUCUCCAGAAUGAGGUUGUCUAAAGCUGUGUUUCUAUUGAACUGUGUUUCCCCCAGAAAACGUGUUAGGGAAGUUUUCUGGGCCAGCAGCUAAAAAGUGUUUAAAAUUGGCAGGAACUUUGAAAAUAUCAUUAACGCCUAAAACACCAACUAUAAAGCCUCUAAAAAAAUACAAUUAAAUUAAAUUAAAAAUAUUUUUUUGUACUUCAGCUGUUUCAUCCUAAUAUAUUAUAAAUAAGCAUCUUUAUUAGGGGCAAAUACAGCCUGGUGAACCCCCAGGCUUAUAACACACUCGGGGAAACUAUGAUAUUGUUACACAAUUUGACAUUUCCAAAAUAAAUUUGCAUAUUGGAAACAUGCCAAUUUAAAAAAAAAACAAAAAAAAAAAAACUUUUGGUGCUAGAAUGAUGUGGUAUUUUGGCCAAAUAGAAAUUGGUUUAUGUCACAAAAGUGCAAUGGAAACAUAUAUUUUUUUGCAUUUCACAACCAGAUGUCGCUACUGGCAUAAACCAUGAAGAGGAAGAAGUUGGUGGAUGAUGCCGUGAAAUGUUUUUUAAUUACUUGUGUAUGAUUUUAUCUUCAUUUCUUAUUUAAUAGAAACACUGCAAUUGCAAAAUUGUGUUUUAUCAACAUUAGUGGAAACGCAGGUAUUGAAAUGCUGCUGGAAACUGUUUCUGAGAAAGAAAAAAAAAGAUUCAGGACUAAGUCUGCUCGUUUAAUAACAGGUAGCUGUACGAUAUCAGAAAAACAUGACGGUAUUAUUGUGGAAUAUUUCAGUGAUGCUACCCUCUUUAAUCACAACUCGCCCUGAGCUUCAACUCUAAAAGCUGCUGUGUAUUAAAUGGAGGCAUUAAAGACAUAAUGUUCAUCCAACUGGCAAAACACAUUAUGGUCUAAUAAAAUGCAUCAAAAGUUGUGCAAAAGUGACAUUUUAUAUGAGUGUGGAGCUGAGACUGCAGAGCACCUACAUCCAAAGAAUUCAUUUAAAUCAAAUGAUAGUAGCAUUAAUGUGCAUAAAAGCCAUUGAAUAUACAGAUUUCACCCUCCUUUGAGGGUUUAGACAUUGCUUUGUUUUUAUGCUUCUUUAUUCUUUAGUGUUUUGCAACGAGGUGAUAAUAUGUACUGUGAAAGUUCAAGUGCAACAAAUGAGUGCUACUGUGUUCUGUCUGUUCAAUAAAAUGUGCUGGUGUCCCGUC